UGCGUUGUGAUCGCCACAGACAACUUGAUCAUCAAUCUUGGGACAACUUAUUCCGUGACGACAUCCGUUUCUUGUUAUAGACUGCUUAUCAUAACUUCGUCUUAAUUUUCGGCGACUUUUCUAUACAGUCAACGCGUAUGACGUGCAGCAAAAUGAUUUAUUGAAGUGAUAUUAUCACUGUUUUUGGUUCACAUUUCUUCGACAAUAAUCGGAUAUUUAUUUUCGAUUUAUUCAACGGAUCUAACGGCCGAAUUGAUUACCGCUGUGUUUCAUGAAGGCAAGCAUUGCAAUGUAAGCAGAUCAUUGAUAACGCGUUGAAAAGCAAGCUUCGCCAAAAUGAUCUUCGGAAUGCACUUGAAUAUUAUUUGACUAUUCAGAGAUGCCAUGUUUUAUAUUCCCAGUAUUCACUACAAAUGAUACGAACAGUGAUGUUGCAGAGAUCGGAUUAGAUUAACAUUAAAAAAGAUGAACCUUGGGUUUCUGAUUAUCAUCGUACUUAAUAUCUCAGCUCUGCUCCAUACUGAAAUGGUAAAUGGUACUCCUACAGAAAACAGAAUCAGACCGUGGAGCCCCAAGUUCAGUGGGAAGAAUUAUCGCGGGAGACGCUCCGGGAGCGACAGCGGUAGUAGCAGUAGUGGUAGCAAAAGUGGUAACAAUGUAUCAUCUGAAGAGCGUUUUGAAGGGAGACGACCCGAGAGCGACAGCCGUAGUAGCAGUAGUGGUAGCGGAAGUGGUAACAGUGACUCAUCUGAAGAGCGUUUCAAAGGGAAAUCUCCUCGACCGACCCCGCCUACCACACCUACCAUAACAGUGGCAACAUUACCUACAAUUACGCCCCUUAGACCCUCAACGGUUGGGACUACUCUUAGGACAACGAGAAGAACAACACAAGUUGUUCCAUCAACAAGAGUAACAACAACGAUAUCCACGACACCACCACCAACAACAACAUUCGCAUCUACUACCGCGAAUCCGACAACGCCCACGACACGAACUUCACCUACAACUUCUACAACAGCUACUACUCCUACGAUUGUCACCACCCCUACCAUUCCCACAACGCCUACAACGCCCACCAAUCCUACUACACCUACCACUCCAACUACGCCGACAACUCCGACAAACCCUACCACUCCGAUGACGCCCACAACACCUACGACUCCCACCACUCCUACUACAUCUACCACUCCUACAACACCUACCACUCCUACCACACCUACCACUCCUACGACACCAACAACACCUACCACUCCUACAACACCUACGACGCCCACAACACCUACCACUCCUACAACACCUACGACACCAACAACACCUACCACUCCUACAACACCUACGACACCAACAACACCUACCACUCCUACAACACCUACGACACCAACAACACCUACCACUCCUACAACACCUACGACACCAACAACACCUACCACUCCUACAACACCUACGACACCAACAACACCAACCACUCCUACAUCGCCUACAACUCCAAGAAGUACUACAAGGUGUACAAGAGGAGAUGUCUGCCCAGGGGAAUAA